AUGGCGGCUGAACAAGAGUCACAAAGCUUAAACCCCGAGACUAAAUUGGGGAAGCAUAUCAGCGAUAGCGCGAAAAGCUUGUUGCAUGAGCUCCUCAGGUUCACUAACAGCAGGACCUUCAUUAAGGAGGGCCUGAGGUCGAUAAUGCAUCCGAGAAUGACAAUCCGCUUACUGGGUUCUAAGAGAAUCGUUAUCGAAUGCAACGAUCAAGGCAUACCCGAGGCAGAUAUGGAUGGAAUGUGCGAGCCAGGCAGCGAAGGCCAAUCCAAGACAUUCGAUUUCAGAAAGAUCAUCGCCGCCUGUAAGAAGGUUCAUUUGCAGUCCGAAUCAUCCUCGUUGAUGUUUCAUUACAACAUAUUCGACUCAACCGACAAAACUUUGUACAUUUCUAAGCGUCGUGAAAGUUUAUCUGCAUAUGUCUUCGGGACUCGCAUCACACUACUGCUUCACGACCAAGGAAACAGAAAGGAUGUUGAGACUUUGAAAAACAUCAUUCACCGUCAGUUCGAGGAGCUGCACGAUGCAACUCUCAUCUUUCUCAAAGAGCUCAAAAUUCUUAAUGUUGAGUUCUGCGGCAUAGAUGAAAAGGUCUAUCGCGGAUUCACAUGGAAGAAGAAUGAAGUCGACCAACAUCUACUUCAAGUCUCUAUGAACAAAGAUGAAUAUGGCGAAAGUAGAUUUGACUUGCAGCGUUACCAUGUCACGGAACAGCCACUGCUCGAUCUAGCAACGACUGUCGUACUGGCCUUUCCUCUCACAAUCGACUUUGAGCCUGAAACCAAGAAACCCAUUGUAAGGAAGUUAUUCAACUUUGUGCCACUGCGAACAUGGUCACACGGGUUCCACGUUCACUGCGACUUUGAAAUCCAAAAUAUGCGGCAUAACACGAGCACUCCAUCAUCAGCCCAGAUGUUGCGUUUCUCCGAUCACGUUGCGACUGCAUUAUUCAAAGCCAUUCUACAGUUCCUCGAUCACCCAAAACUUUGCUACCAGUGGCCAAUGUUCCUUUCACCAAGAUGCAGCGACUCUGACCCAUUCGGGGUUACGCUGGAUACAUCUAUUCGACUCUGGAUUGCUCAGAAUCCUAUCUUCAGAUCCAGGACAUCACGCCAAUGGCGUCUUAUCAAUCACUUAAGCUUCCUUGGCACGGAAUUUGAAGAUGACGAUAGUAAUCCACUGUUGGAAAGCCCGAUGAAUGAUGUAUUCCUUUCACGCGAAUACCCCCCGACUGUUACGCCUGCGCUGAAAAGAUAUGGCCUCGCAACGUUCACCAAUACUCAAUUCCUGGAUCUCUUGGAAACGGAUCUGAAGAGCCCUGAUUCGAAGAUUCAUAAGAAUGCCUCACUAGAUUGGAAAAAUGCUUUAGCUCGUUGUCUCUCGAGGACUUUUGUGAAUGAUAGAAAUUCUCAGAUGAGAACCCUGCCUCUCAUUCAGCUGACAGAUGGUACUUGGACAUCAGUAUCAUCAGGACCGGUAUAUUUCUCCACCGCUGGGGACGUUCGUGUUCCCGAUGCUUUGGGUUGCCGCCUUGCUUCCCACUUGGCGAGCCGAGAAUUCGAACAGAGAUCGUUAUAUGAGAAGCUCGGAGUUACCCAGGCGACAGUGGCUCAGGUCAGACAGAUGAUCUUUAAUAGUUUCAAAUCUUCCAGUGCCCUGUCUCUUGAAGAAGUCCAGCGCUAUCUCCAUUUUCUGUACCUCACUCAUGAAUCUUCGAAUUCCGACAAUGACCAGCCUUAUCACGAAGUGCGGGUUGUCACGGGUGACAUGAGUCUCCGAUCUCCGCAGAGCGCGGUCAUCUAUUUGAUGAGAACGAGCCACCCGUAUAGCCUGGAGAGCCUCCUUGAUCCCGCCUUUUUGGUGGCCAACUUUGAUACCAACAUAUUGCACACGGAGAUAUCCAACAACGGCCCGAGACAACCCAGCCCGUCCCAUCCAUCAUGGAAAUCUUGGCUGUGCACUUGCCUUGGUAUACAGGAGAGCUUCAGUCUGUCGGGUCCAAAGUCAGAUAAAGAGUCGGAAUUCACGAAGCACAGCUCAUCAACGCCUGAAAAGGAUGAUGCCUUGUGUCUUUCUCUGGAUUAUGUAGCCAAGAACAGUUCAGCGAAGUUCUUAGGCGUCCUUGAGCACCUCUGGUCCGUUAAGGAACCUGCACUACUGGAGAAUCCAGUCGUAUUGUCAAAGAUUAAGGGCUGUUCUGCACAGGCCCUAUGUGGCGUACAGUUUCCAGUGGAGCUGCAAGAGACAUGGUUGCCAUUUCCACACCUCAAAAGCUACCUGAAGGCAUGCAUGGAGCACCCAGGUAAUUUCCCGUUCUUAAAGCUUAACAAAGAGGAAAGUACUAUCCAUAAGCUCGUGAACAAAUGGGAAUUUUUGACCACACAUUUUGGCGUAAGAAGGGAUCGUGAUAUGAUUUUUGUGGUAAACGUUUUAAAGUGUGUUUGGCGUCACUCAGGCACAUCAUUAUCAUCUCGGCAGAUCGAGAGAAUCUUCCAAAUGUAUGUUGAUAUUGGUAAGAUGUUCUCUUUAUUGAAAAGCGAAGAGAAGAGCCAAGCAUUGGAGUUCUUCGAUGAUUGUGGCAUCUUAUAUAUUGAUGAGAGUGGACCAACCUGGAUAAGCUCGUCCAGUUGCCUGUGGGCGGCACCGGCGGAUAUGGUUUCAGCGCAUUCCCUCAAGGUACUUUAUGAGAAGAUGAUCCACGAUAAGCACGACUUCAAGAUUGUCGCCGAUCUGUUCCAAAAUGGCCUUCACAUUCAAGAUGCUGCAGCUGAAGACUUGGUACAAGAGCUAUCUACGCUACGAGACGAGGGCUGCGAAGACCUUGUCCGCGUGUCAAGUAUUUACAAAUAUUUAGAUAAGAUGACCUUAUCCCAAGACAUACUAUUGGAGUUCAGAAAGUCUUGGCUCAUAUACUUAGAGCAAAACGACCGUUUCUCAUGGUUUAGUGCCUCUGGCUGCUUUUGGUCCGACGCAGAUACAACUGGCUUGAAUAGAAGUCUCAAGGAUUGCUAUCCUGAUCUGAGGGAGUUCUUUGUGGUCAAGUUGGGUGUCUGCGCGUCAGCAUACGAUUCCCUGCUUAACGAGACGUCAGACAAUCCUGAUCUUAUAAAGGAAAUCAUACUGAAAUUUGGGAAAGAAUUUGGUGAAUGCGUUCCUCAGAUUCCUGCCAAACCACUUCAAACGAAAAAGAUCCUCCCUGUUAGACAUCCUGAUGGGACUGUUGUACUUUGCUCUGUGGAUACAGAUUUUGCCAUUGCCGACCGGAUACGACUCGCAAUGCUACUGGACAACAGCAUCAAGAUAUUGAAUUUUGGUCUGGAUGAGGUGCGGCACUUAUGGCCCUUUUUCGAAUGGCUCGAGAUCGCAGAUCGGCGCCUCUCAUUGUGCGUAACAGAAUGGGUCACCAGAACCCCAGACGGCCCUUCAGUUUUAAACGAGCCAUAUUCACGGGAUCUGCGACGUAAAGCACAUUAUAUCACUCGAGUUGCUGACACCUUCAAUAUCUUUGCAACUUAUGGUGAUCCUACGUGCCUAUUCCAGCGGCUCAAGACCAUACGUGUUGUUGAAGUCUGUGGUAUCUUUUCUGAAAUGGAAAUUGUUCAAGAUGAUAAGGCAAUUCGGUCGGCGCCCCAACCUACCACUGCGUUUGUAUCUGAUGACGACCUCGAUUUCACCAUAUAUGUGUCGAAAGACGAAAUGGAGAAACUAUUCUCAUUCCUACCAAGAAUUCUUGGGGACUGGCUUAGGCAGGAUAGAUAUCCCUGUCAUACGUUCGAAGUGAUUAGCUCACUCACGUCUAUCAUUGCUAGUGACAUUUCCGUUCUGGAUGAAAUACUGGAGGAUCAAGGUAUCGUAUAA